AUGAAUACAAAUGCCUCUCUUCCUAAUGGAACUUUACUGAUAAUGGAAUCAUUAGAUUUAUCUACAGCAACUAUUUACCCAGCAUUCCUUUUUGGGACCCUUACAUAUAUAUUUAUUCUGUUUUGUAAUUUGCUGAUCUUAACAACAAUUGCCUUGAAUAGGAAACUGCAUAAUCCUAUGUUAAUCCUACUUUUCAACCUGCCCCUCAGUGACAUCAUGGGUGCUACAGCGUUUUUCCCUCACCUGGUGCUCAGCAUCAUGUCACAAAACAGAUUGAUUUCCUUCCCGGCAUGUUUUAUUCAGGCUCUGCUGAUUCACCUUUAUGGUGGAGGUAAUUUGCUCAUCUUAAGUGCUAUGGCAUAUGACAGAUAUAUUGCUAUAUGUUUUCCUUUGAGGUACAACUCCAUCAUGACUCAAAAUAAGCUGGUGGGCUUGAUUAUUUGUAUUUGGCUUUUAGAUUUUUUGUUGAUACUAGUUCUCUUAUUGCUGGUCAUGCGGUUAAAAUUUUGCAGGACAAAUAUAGUGGAUGUAUACUGCAACAAUCCCUCAUUAGUGAAAUUAGCCUGUGAGGACACUAAAGUAAACAACUACUAUGGGAUAUUUGGGAUAGUAGUCCUCCAAGGCGGAUCACUGGCAGUGAUCAUAUACACAUACAUCCAGAUCUUGCGCACUUGUUUAACAAAUAAGCAGCCACUUGCCCGACAGAAAGCCAUUCAGACAUGUGGGACUCACCUGGUGGUUUUCUUAAUCCUACAGAUCAAUACUGCUUUUGUACUGAUUUCUCACCGCUUUGAAAGUGUGUCUCCUUACAUGAGAAGGACUCUUGGUGUGUCAGUCCUAGUUUUCCCCCCAUUUUUGAACCCUCUUAUAUAUGGGCUGAAAACUAAAGAACUCAGGGAAAGUUAUAACAGACUGCUACAGGCCCUCGGUAACAGUCCAGGUUCCUUCAUGAGACUCAUGACAUCCAACUUCGGUCCAGACAAAGUUAAGAUCAUAGAAAACCUUACAGAGAAGGACCUUAUGAUGGAGGACUGGUGUACUCCCUCUCCUCGGAAACUGAGAUCAGUGUUGGGCAUGUUCAACCUUUACAACCACUACACUGAAGGACUCUCUACCCUAGAAAGACCACUACAAGCUGAUGUCUGA